AUGCAGGAUCCAUCUGGCAGCCCGUCCUCACAGCGCCUGGCAAGUCCUAUUCAAGACCAAGUCCUUUUCAAGACCAAGUCCUAUUCAAGACCAAGUCCUUUUCAAGACCAAGUCCUAUUCAAGACCAAGUCCUUUUCAAGACCAAGUCCUAUUCAAGACCAAGUCCUAUCCAAGACCAAGUCCUUUUCAAGACCAAGUCCUAUCCAAGACCAAGUCCUUUUCAAGACCAAGUCCUAUUCAAGACCAAGUCCUAUCCAAGACCAAGUCCUUUUCAAGACCAAGUCCUAUCCAAGACCAAGUAACCUAUUCAAGACCAAGUCCUAUCCAAGACCAAGUCCUUUUCAAGACCAAGUCCUAUCCAAGACCAAGUCCUUUUCAAGACCAAGUCCUAUCCAAGACCAAGUCCUUUUCAAGACCAAGUCCUAUUCAAGACCAAGUCCUUUUCAAGAGCCAAGUCCCUAUUCAAGACCAAGUCCUAUUCAAGACCAAGUCCUAUCCAAGACCAAGUCCUUUUCAAGACCAAGUCCUAUUCAAGACCAAGUCCUAUUCAAGACCAAGUCCUUUUCAAGACCAAGUCCUUUUCAAGACCAAGUCCUAUUCAAGACCAAGUCCUAUUCAAGACCAAGUCCUAUUCAAGACCAAGUCCUUUUCAAGACCAAGUCCUAUUCAAGACCAAGUCCUAUUCAAGACCAAGUCCUAUUCAAGACCAAGUCCUAUUCAAGACCAAGUCCUUUUCAAGACCAAGUCCUAUUCAAGACCAAGUCCUAUUCAAGACCAAGUCCUUUCAAGACCAAGUCCUAUUCAAGACCAAGUCCUAUCCAAGACCAAGUCCUAUCCAAGACCAAGUCCUAUCAAGACCAAGUCCUAUCCAAGACCAAGUCCUAUUCAAGACCAAGUCCUAUCCAAGACCAAGUCCUAUUCAAGACCAAGUCCUAUUCAAGACCAAGUCCUAUUCAAGACCAAGUCCUAUUCAAGACCAAGUCCUUUUCAAGACCAAGUCCUAUUCAAGACCAAGUCCUAUUCAAGACCAAGUCCUAUUCAAGACCAAGUCCUAUUCAAGACCAAGUCCUAUUCAAGACCAAGUCCUAUUCAAGACCAAGUCCUUUUCAAGACCAAGUCCUAUUCAAGACCAAGUCCUUUUCAAGACCGAGGUUUAGGACCUCUCGAAAAACAUUCUUGAUUUAUUUUUUUGGUUUAUGA